UCCGCAGCCCUUUGACAUCUGUAAUUCUCUCGUGAAGGAGUUUGUCGGUGCAGCUACUUUAAUGAUCUAAUUAACUGGUCCAUCCAUCAAGCACGAACGAUAUGACGUGUGCAUGUGCUACAAUAAACUGUGGUCUCCAAAUAGGCGCGUUGGUCUGAUAAGAUGGACAUUACUACUGCAACUUGGUCGGCUUCGAGAUUUUAUUCUAUUCGCAAGUGGAAGACGACCUCGCUUGGACACCAGCUUCCUUUGUCUCUUCUGUUGCUGGUAGCGCUCGGCUCAUUUGUCCACGCAGUAUCAGGUUCAUCUGUCAUCUCCCCUAAAAUUGAAAUAUCAGAGCACCUGGGAUCACCAGUAAAUUUCGUAGUUGAUCUAGAAAGAGCGAGUGAAGGCGACCGGCAUAACUUGAAUGGUCGCUGGGAGGAGAGCCAUACGAUUCCAAGGAAAAGAUCAAUUACGCUAAACCAUUUGAACAAGAAUCAUCCACUGCUAGCAAACGCGUUUCAUAAAGAUUCAUUCGGCCGCAAGGUGAAGCUCAUUGAAAGUCGUACUCCAGAAGAAGUGAAGAUUUUGUCGUUUCGGUCGCAAGCAAGAUCUUCACAAGACGAUCGGUCGUGGCGGUCUGCCGAUAGAAACAUACCGAAGUCUCAAAUACCAGAGAAAAAUCUUGCUUUUAUUAAGGAGAGCAAGAGUUAUACGAAAUUUUCAUUCGAAAAUUUUCUUAGGACUACACCCAUUACAACCACCACUGUCGGUACCACAUCAAAUUCUAUAACACCGGUUGAUCGACUUGGAAUUUAUCAUAAUUCUGGUCAGAUCGAAGGCAAUAAAAAUAUUUCUGGUAACUCUGAAGAUUCAAAUGGAGUGCUUGAUACAAUACGUCGUUACAAAGAAUAUACGUUUUCCCCCGACCCAGCUCACUUGAGUUCAAAUUUACUCCGUAAUGUUCUUCCAAAUCAGCGAAAACUGGUUACUCCAGCAGGCGUUCAGUUACCAACUCCAGUACCUUUCGUUAAUGUCAGAGUGGCGUCCUUACCGAACAACACUUUUAGCGUACCACCGGUAGCGGGUUUCACAUUUAGGCCUUCAGAUGCUCGACCAGGUUCUAGUCUGACAGACGACAGUGAAGCUUCACUUUCCCCCGGCGAAACUUUUUUGAAUACUGAAUCUCCGGCUCUGAGGAUUAAUAAGUCAGAUGUUGAACGAGCUGGUUCUGCGCAAAUAACGACGAAUAAACCUUCCGCGAAUUCCACCACGCCUACCACCCCGGCUACCUUCCCGACUACCCAUUCCACCACGCCUACCACCACGACUACCCAUUCCACCACGCCUACCACCACGACUACCCAUUCCACCACGCCUACCACCACGACUACCCAUUCCACCACGCCUACCACCCCGACUACCCAUUCCACCACGCCUACCACCCCGACUACCGGUACCCAUUCCACCACGCCUACCACCCCGACUACCCAUUCCACCACGCCUACCACCCCGACUACCCAUUCCACUACUGCCACUUCCAAUUCUACAACUCCCGUCACUUCCAUCGUGAAGUCUACAGAGGCGGUAACAGGAUUGCCAUCAUCCGUUGUCACUACUCAGCAAUUCCUGACCAGAACUUCACAAGCUGUCGUAAGCUCCGAACCCUCGACAGGAGGCCCAUCGGUGACGGAGCAAAUUAAAGUUGAACCUAUUGUUACGGCAGGAGCUGGCGACCCUACGGCAGCGUUUGUUUUUCUAAGUCUAGGACUAGUUACUAUCCUCAUCGGCAUCUUUUUCAUAUUCAAAAUUUGCAAGGAGCGAGUCCAAAACGAAAACGUUCGUCCUUACUUAUCGCGUAGCGUCUCUGAUGCCUAAGAAUCUUCAAUCAUGCAAGCUUGUGGCAAUCCUAAUUGUGAAGACUGGUGUGAAAAUUGUGUGCAAUGUUGCGAAGAUGUGAGUUGUGUUGUUUGUUCAACGGCCCACAACAGAGUAGUUGGUGAAAGGAAACAAGCGCCGCCGCAAGACAAAGUGGGGGAGGCGCAAGGUACGACGCCAGAUCCAGAAUCUGCAAAUGGAGGGCCGAAGCAAAAAAGUUUCAUGAGAUGGGUUAUAGCAUUCCUGGUUUACUCCGGGGUGGCUUUUUGGUUGUACAUCGUGAAGCUGUUGACUGCUUUGUGUCAGGCAUGUCUUACGGUUUUGCUUCUCAUUGGGUAUGGUUUCGUUAUCAGCGUCGAGUCGGGUGUCGUUUUGGCCAGUAAAAUAAUUGUAGCUAUCGAGGCGAUCUCGACAAAUACGAAGUUUUUUCUUUUUGAAUACCAAGGGUCUAUCGUUUCGUCGCUAUUUAGGUAUUUGCCAGCUACGUACUCGGUAUGUCCCAACUGUAAGGUUGAACAUCCCGCACAACUCCCGGCAACUACCGAGGGACUUCUAGAGCACGUGGUUGUCAGUUUCGCGAAUGGUAUAAAAUGGUGCCUCCGUUGGGUUUCCGGCGUUCUCCUUUGGGUCGCCAACAUAACAGUGCCUAUUGAGCUGACGCUUAUAUAUUAUUCCUUGUUGACGAGUCUUCUGAAAAUAAUGGAAAGUCCUUUGAAAUUCUGUGAAGUUUUUGUGACACGUGUUCUGAAGUGGGUCACUGAGAAUGACGGCACUGACGAUGGCCACGCUACAAAUGAUCCUUUUAGGCAAGUUUCCAAUGCUUGGUGCGCUCUGGUGCGAAAUAUAAAAGUCCAAGUAUUAGGCUUCAUUCUGCUAAAUGUUCGU